CGAAACAGAAAUCUUUAUUUUAUUUUUGAAUACUAUUAUUAAUAAAAAAUUGUUUCGACCCAUUGGGUUCAAUGGUUUAAUUAAUUAAAUUAUUUUAGUAAUGAGUUUUGACAAAAUUUUACCUUAAUUAUCUUCCGUGUAAACAAACUUGAAUUUGUAUCAUGUAAGCGCCAUUUUAUAACCUUGUUUGUUAUGAUAGCGCUGUGGGAAUAUGGACGCGUUUUUAAAUUAGUUAAAACAUUGUUUAUUAAUUAAACAAGUGGACUUUUUCUUUGGAAUAGCGUCUUAUUUUACGCUGCAUUUGCCAUGAGUUACAUGCAACAGAACCAGAAUAGACCCAUGCCGCAAGGGCACUUCCAACGUGCCUCAGCCGACCUGCCCAUGAUGUCCGCAAAAGAACAGACCCAAAUGUGGCACCAGAACUCCUACAUGGGGGACUCUGGCAUCCACUCAGGGACUUCCACCCAAGUCCCUUCACUUACUGGCAAAGAAGAAGAAAUGGAUUUGUUUGAUUUGGACACUCACAGAUUUACGCAAAAUCACGAUGAUAUCAACCAAACAGGGGCCCAAACCGUUCCUGCAACCAUUUUCCCGGAAGCUCUAGACGAAGGCAUUGAGAUUUCUUCCCCACAGUUCCAACAAUGUGUCCCUGAGCCCCCCAGUGACUUGGAGAAGCAAAACGCUGUUAACUUGAUGGAUUAUCAAGAUGAAGCUGAUUUAGUCACUCGCACAAUCCCUCAACUGACCAAAUUGCUAACCGACGAGGACCAAGUGGUGGUCUCACAUGCCGCAAUGAUGGUUAAUAAACUAUCAAACAAAGAAUCGUUCCGUCAUGCCAUUAUGAGCAGUCCUGAAAUGCUGCUCGCCCUUGUUCGUGCCAUUUCCAAUUCAAAUGACUUGGAAACAACCAAAAGUGCCAUAGGUGCCGUUCACAAAUUAUCGCAACAUCGGCAAGGCUCACUCGCAAUACUCAAAUGUGGAGGUGUGCCGGUUUUGGUACAGCUUUUGAGUUCACAAGUCGAAAGCGUGCUGUUUUUUGCCAUUACCACUUUACAUAAUUUGUUGCUGCAUCAAGAGGAGGCCAAAGUGGCGGUUAGACAUGCUGGAGGGUUGCAGAAAUUGGUGUCGCUUUUGAGGAGGAAUAAUGUUAAUUUUUUGACGAUUGUCACGGAUUGUUUGCAAAUUUUGGCGUACGGCAAUCAGGAGAGUAAGCUGAUUAUACUGGCGUCGCAAGGCUCCACUGAACUUGUGAGGAUCAUGAGGACGUAUGAUUAUGAGAGGCUAUUGUGGACAACAUCAAGGGUUUUGAAAGUCUUAUCAGUUUGCUCUAGCAAUAAACCGGUGAUAAUCGAAUCGGGUGGCUUGCUGGCCCUCGGUAAACACCUCCGGAGUCCCAGUCUUCGUCUCGUACGAAAUUGUCUAUGGACUCUUCGCAAUUUAUCCGACGCCGCAACAAAAGUGAGUGGUUUAGACGAAUUACUGGUUUCUUUGGUCGAAUCGCUCAGUUCGAAAGAUAUCCAAGUAGUAACAUGCGCCGCGGGAAUUCUAUCCAAUCUAACGUGCAAUAACGAAUGGAACAAAAAAGUCGUUUAUGAAAUGGGCGGCAUUGACGCUCUCAUUCGCACAAUUCUCAUUGCUGAAGAUCGGGAGGAAAUAACCGAGCCUUUGAUAUGCACCUUGAGACACCUUACUUCGAAAAGUGGCUUUUCUGAUCGAGCUAGAAGGGAUAUUAUUGAAAAUAAUGGAGUCCAAGUUAUCAUAAAAUUGUUAAACACGCCUUGUACUUGGCCUCUGGUUAAAGCUUUGAUCGGGCUUUUGCGAAACUUGGCACUCUAUCCCGGCAAUGUGGGACCUUUGAGGGAAUGUGGGGCCGUUCAUCACUUGAUCCAACUCUUAAUGCGUGGCUUUCAAGACAUUCAGAAGAGGGGCAAUGGCUCUCAAAAACCUUCAAAUGGGGUUAGAAUGGAGGAUAUCGUCGAGGGUACAGUCAAUACGUUGCACAUUUUAUCACGUGACCCUUUCACAAGGUCUAUAAUUCGGCAACAAAUGGUUAUACCGAUUUUUGUCCAAUUAUUGUACAAUGAGGUGGAAAAUGUGCAACGAGCCGCUGCUGCGGUGCUCAGCGAACUUGUGGUCGAUAAGGAAGGGGCCGAUAUUAUCGAGCAGGAGGGGGCAGCAACGGUUUUGAACGAGUUGCUUCAAUCCCGAAAUGAAGGUGUCUCGUCGUACGCAGCGGCUAUUUUAUUUAGACUAAAUGAGGAGAAGUCGCAGAAUAGCUCCAAACGGUCCCCGAAUUCGAUGAAUUCGCUAUUCCAGGAGGACAAUUUGUGGAAUCCCGAUUUCGAGAUUGCCGAAUUGCAAGAAAUUUUGAGUUCUGAUCAAACCUACAGUAGUGUGUAUAAUCAAGAAACAACCGGUGUGCACAACAAUCACGGUAGUCAGCCUUUUCAGCAGCAAGGAUUUAACCAGGUACCAGUAGAGAUGUCUGGAUUGGAAAUUGGAACACACGAUAGCGGUAAUAGUUCUAGUUAUUCAGCAUUAUUAGAAGCCAUGGAAGUUACAAUGGCAGAUACAGAAUCCGAUUUAAAUUUUAAUAAUAUCAAUCAAUUGCCUUCCACACCACAAGAUAAUCAAGCGACAGAAUGGUACUGAUAACAUACUUUUUACAAAAUCGAAUCUGCUAAUUUCUUUUUUUUUAAUUAUUAAUAUAAUUAACACGUCUAUAUUUCCGUUGUCGAUUAUGAAUUAAGAUACUUGGGAGAGGGUAAUGUGACCGUCGCAGGUUACUUACCAACACCCGGUACGAUAAUAUUUUAAAAAGCAAGUUUUAAUUUGUGAUAAAUCAUUUACUGCAUGCUUUGCAAAACAGGUGGCAAUAUUUUAUUUUUCUUGUAUUCGUUUUUGUUGUAUUCCUAUUACUUUAGGUUUAAGGAACGUUUAGUUAUAUCAUGACCGUGUAAGCCAUUUGUCAUAGAUUGGUGGCAAUAAUGUGUAUUGUUAGAAUUACUUAAUUAGAGCGUGAUUAUUUAUUUUUAAUACGUAACAUAAUUUUAUAAUUACAAUAAUUAUAUUUACCUUUAUUAAAGUUCCCAAGCACUGCCUUUUUAUUUAGUAUAUGUUCUUGUCUUUAAAAUAAACACAUAUAUACUCUA